AUGCCGGUGCCUAAUCCGACGCCUCUCGCGGAGAAUAGGGCCGCCGCGAAGCGUCAGGCCGUCACCACCGUAUCCAUCGUGGCCCUCAUCCUCAUUCUUUGGCCGGAGCGGUUCAUCAUUUUGAGGAACCUUUGUCUAGUCCCCGUGUUGGCCUGGGUGACAGCACUGGUGUUUGAUCUGAAGCAUGGAGCGCUGGAUGCAUGGGACGGCGUUCCAGCAUGGCUGAAGAGGAUCAUCGGCGCAGACGACAACAGCAACAACAACUACAGUAACGCCAGCAGAAGAAACGAGCCUCUUCACAUGCGAAAUCGACAAGAUGCCUCACCGAAGACAAUGUCUGGUUAUGUGUUGACGCAUCUCGGUGACUCGGUUUCUCUCAUCACGAGCGAGGCGGUGAGGCUCUGGGAGCUCGCUCGCCCCAUCCUGGAGGAAUGGGCUCGUCAAGCCAUCCAGUGGCUCAGCGCUCAAGCAUCGGCAAGCCAGAGUUCGUCAUCUGCCUCGUCUCAGAAGCCGGCUCCCAAAUUCACACAGUACUAUGGCAUCUUGGUGAAGGCUCCCCGAGCUCCCGACGUCCCUCCUGUUUUUGCGCCUCUCUUUCAGUUGGGAGAUGUUCCGGGGAGUUUCAACUCGAGGGACAGCAAGCAGUCAGUUGUUCCCUCUGUGCUUAGCUCUUGGGACGCCGAAUCUCGGUUGUCUUUAGUACUCGUGGAGAAGACAGUAUGGGACGACGGGCAUCUAACGCUGCGGCGCAAACUGUCGACCGGGACUAACUGGAGUCUGUCGCCUCCCGGACGAGGAGAAUUCGACAAGCAGACGCAGAAGCCAGAUUUCGGACAGAUCAGCGGCAUCGACGUGAUUGGGCUCGGAACUGGGGAGUAUGACGCCCUGAAUAAAUGUCGCAGAUGCUUCCAGCUGGUGUCUCAGAACUGGAAGUACACGAGGAUGCUCUGGGACGACGUCGACUUUGCCGUUGUCCUCAGCCUCUUGGUUCUCGGCCCAGCUGCGGCCACGAGAUGCGUCGAGCUCUAUCGAUCGCUUUGCAAGCUCAGGGAAAAGCAUGCCGGCGCUGCGACGCGAGGCGCUGCUGGGCUGAGUCCUCUGCUCGUCGCGGCAGCAACGGGAGGACUGGCCGCACCGUUUGCGUUGCCGCUGAUGGCAGCCGCCGCGGCCGCCGCUGCGAUGAAGAAGGGCGGCAAAAACAGCCAGCCGGAGCAGAGAAAGAAGGCAUAUCGAAGUCUGAUGGUCCAGUUUCCAGAGUUAAAGGUGUUGUUUGAGGAGGAGGAGAUGGAGCAGAGAGAGGAGGAGGAGUGGAAAGAUGUGGAAGAAGAUUACUACAACGAAGCCUUCAGCCCCUUUGAUUGGUGA